CAUCCUCGUCCUCCUCGCUGCAGCGUCACUCCCUCACACCUCGCAUCCUCGCCGCACAUGUCCACCUCGGCCGCACCCAGCGCCGCGGGGCCGUACACGACGCGCCAGUCGUUCUACCUGCGCGUCUCGGCGCACCUCGUGCUGCACACGCUCCUCUACCUCGACGCACGCGACCUGCGCUGGUUCAACGCGCUGCCGGCGUCGCUCGACGUGGCGCUCAGCGGCGACACCGACGUGCCGUUCGGCGACGUCGUGCUGGGCAAGGCGCUGGCGCAUCUGCGCCGCAGCCUGCUGCCCAAGCUGCAGCGCGAGCGCGGCCCGCCGAGCCGCGCCAGUGCCGACGGCCUCGCAAACACCAGCGGCAAGGAGACCGUCGACGUGCACGAGGAGAACGGCUGGCGCUGCGCAUACUACCUGCGCGUGCGCGAGCGUGGCCGGCAUGCCGUACUGCUCAAGAACAAGCAGCUGCGCUUCCCGCACGAGGUCCGCGCCGGCCGCGUGCGCAAGCAGCGUGCCUCGGCCGCUGUGGCGCCGCCGCCAGCGGCAGCAGCACCCGUGGCAGGGAGCAGCCGCGAGGGCGAAAUCCAGAUCAAGCCCGACCCGGACGCAGAGGACGGCAUCGACGAGUGGGGCUUCGGCACGGGCCUGAACAUGGGCGCAGCCACGGCAGGAGGUGCGGUGGAGGAGCCGCAGGAGGAUGAAGAGAUGGUCUUUGAGGACGAUGAGGAAGACGAUGACAAGAAGCCCGUGCUGACGGUCUCGUACCGCGGCUUUCGCAUCUUCGACAAGCUGCUCUACCUCGUGCUCGAGCCCCUGCCGUCCUACCGCAAGGCGCACCCCGAGCUCUUCCGCGCCGUCUCCGACGCGCCAGCUCGGCAGCUCUCCACAGUGCCGCUGCGCGCCUCGUCUGCACGCACACCCACGCCUGUGCCCUCCUCGCGCGGUGGCGGCCUCUUCCGCGGCGAGUCCGUCACGACGCCCAGUCCGAGCCCGGCGCCCGAGCAGCGGCGAAGAGAGGCCAGCGUGGCAUUUGGCAGAGGCGACGAGGAGGCGGAUAUGGUGGAGCAGGACGAAGAGUCGGGCGCUGUGGGCCUGGCGAACCGGCUGAUCGGUCGUAAUGACCAGGCAGGGCGGGAGGUGGGCGACGGCGAGGAAUGACAUUGCAAGCACAGCGCACAGAGGCCUGACUACCGCGAGGCGCUUGUACACACGCCGCUGCGCCUCUCACUCCUCUUCCUCCUCGUCCACAGCCUCGCCGGGUAUCGCGCCCGCCUCGUUCUGGCUCAGGUACAGGUUGGCCAUCAUGCGUGGCGUCGUGGCCUCCUCAGGGCCCUUGUCGGCGCUGUCGCGCACCUUGAGGAAGCGCGGGAAGCGCAGCGACAGCC